AGAUCACUACUAAGUCCAACACACCCUCAAGUCUCAGCUCACUGCUCCCUCUAUAAAAUAGGCCAUAGUGAAGAAUAACAAACACAACAAAACCCAAAAUGAAGAAACAAAUCAUGGGACUCACCCAUCUCUCCAUUCAUCUCUUCAUCGUCCUCUCUCUGGCCUCCAUUGUUCGCUCUGAAGAUUCAGAUUGUGUAUACACGAUCUACGUACGAACCGGAUCAGUGUUGAAAGCGGGAACUGACUCGAUCAUGACAGUGACUCUAUCAGAUGCAAACGGGUGGGGCGUUCGAAUCAAGGAUCUAGAGAAAUGGGGCGGGUUAAUGGGCCCGGGUUAUAACUAUUUCGAGAGGGGUAAUCUCGACAUUUUCAGUGGUAAAGGUCCGUGUUUAAGUGCCCCGGUUUGCUCCAUGAACUUGACAUCUGACGGGUCGGGUUCGCACCACGGGUGGUAUUGUAACUACGUUGAAGUUACUUCGACCGGAGCUCAUGUGCCUUGUGCGCAGAAAACUUUCACGGUGGAGCAGUGGCUCGCGACGGAUACGAGUCCGUACGAGCUCACCGCCGUGAGAAAUUAUUGUAAGGCCAAGGAGGAAGGUGGCGCCCGGAAAAUGCUUAAAGGAUCCGGGUCGGUUCUUGAGGUUAUUUGAGGGUGUUUUGGGUUUUUCAUUGUUUUGAGAUAAGGCUUGUUUGGGAUUUGAGGUCAGGUUAGGUAGCCUAUUUUUUGUCAAAUAUGGCCUGGAAAGUUGGUUUUGUUGUCCAUGAUUUAUGAUUGAAUAUUUCUGGCGGGCCCUUGUGUUUUUCUUUUUCGUUUUAGACUGUUUGAAGAAUAAAUAGUGAGUUUUACAACUUCGUUCA